AUGGCAACAGAUCAAAGCAGCACUUCUGAGGAUCUCAGCAGCACUCCGCCUUGGGAGCUGGACAAGUUUAUACAGGAUCACCUUCUUGGUGACACCACCUUCAUUACUGAGAUCAGAGCAGACAUCGAAGUCAUAAGUGCUUUCCUGAAGGAGAGAUGCUUCCAAGGUGCCACCCACCCUGUGCGGGUCUCCAGGGUAACGAUGGGCAGCUCCUACAAUGAAUACACUGUGCUCAAGGGCAGGUCAGAGACCGACCUUGUGGUAUCAUUUAACAAUCUCAAAAGCUUUGAUGAUCAGUUGGAGGGACGGGAAGAGUUCAUUAAGGAAAUUCGGAAACACCUGAACCAGUUGCAACAAGAGAAACAAUUGGGAGAGAAGUUUGAGGUCCAGCACUCAGAGCAUCCCAACUACAGGUAUCUGAGCUUCAAGCUGAGCUACCCUCAGUUCCAACAGGAGGUGAUAUUUGAUGUGCAGCCAGCCUAUGAUGUCCUGUCUCAAGUGCAAAAGAAAGAGGAGGUUGACUCUGAAAUCUACAACAAAAUAUAUGCCGAACUCAUCCGUGAGUGCAACAUCCUGAACAAGGCAGGCAAGUACUCCAACUGUUUCCUGGAGCUCCAGCAAAACUUCCUGUGGAAACGUCCACGCGAGCUGAAGAAUCUAAUCCGUCUGGUCAAGCACUGGUAUCAACUG